AUGCCAGCAGGCUCUGGAACCCUCGGUGUGCCCAAGUCCCUGAACCUGGAUCCUCUCUGUGCCCAGCUCGUGUGCCCGGUUCCCGGCCUGGGGGGCCCCUGGCACGCCCAGCAACCACCAACGCAAAUAGCCGGAGCCUCCUCCGCCCGCUGCCGCCCGGGUUCCAAUUUCCCGGCCAUGACGGAGAAGGAGGUGCCAGAGCCGCCGGCCUCACCUGCUGCAGGUGGCAAACCCAAGAGCCGGCAGCUGCAGAAGCUGAAGGAGAUUUUCCACCGCAAGCCCAAGGAGGAGGCGGCCCAGCAGCCUCAGCCCAACGGGGAGCUGCUCAGCCCCUCGGGGGGACCCCUCUUCUACAUCUACGAGGACGAGGAGGACGAGGAAGAGGAGGAGGAGCCGGAGCCGCCGCCGGAGCCGGAGAAACUGGUCAACGACAAACCGCACAAAUUCAAAGACCAUUACUUCAAAAAACCCAAAUUCUGCGAUGUUUGCGCCCGCAUGAUCGUCCUGAACAACAAGUUCGGGCUGAGGUGCAAGAACUGCAAAACCAACAUCCACCAGCACUGCCAGGGCUACGUGGAGAUGCAGCGCUGCUUCGGCAAGAUCCCGCCCGGGUUCCGCCGCGCCUACAGCUCCCCCCUGUACAGCGAACAGCGCAUGCGCGGCGCCGCCGAGCCCGGCAGCGGCUCCGACCCCGUGUUCGAGACGCUCCGCACCGGGGUCAUCAUGGCCAACCGCGAGCGCAAGAAGGGCCAGGAGGACAAGAAAAACCCGCUGGCGGCGAUGAUGGACGAGGAGCCCGAGGCCGCGAAGGCGGCGGGGAGCAAAGCUGAGGGGGGCGCCUCCGAGGGCGACAAAAAAGCCGAGAAGAGCCCGGCGGACGACAAGAGCAAGAAGCCGCAGCCGGGGGCGUUCCUGCACUCCCAUUAUUUCGUGGCCCUUUAUCGCUUCAAAGCCCUGGAGAAGGACGACCUGGACUUCCCGCCGGGGGAGAAGAUCACGGUGGUCGACGACUCCAACGAGGAGUGGUGGCGGGGCAAAAUCGGGGAGAAAGUCGGGUUUUUCCCUCCUAAUUUCAUCAUCCGGGUGCGGGCGGGCGAGCGGGUGCACAAAGUGACGCGUUCCUUCGUUGGAAACCGGGAAAUCGGGCAAAUCACGCUCAAAAAGGAUCAGAUCGUGGUGCAGAAGGGGGAGGAGGUGAACGGAUACGUCAAAGUGUUCACGGGCCGCAAAGUGGGGCUGUUCCCCGUGGACUUCCUGGAGGAAAUCUGAGGAGGGGGCUGCGACCCCCGGC